CAGAGAAGUAUAGAUCCCUGCGGCUCUCAUCACACAUCCGCACCGAUCAUCAACGUCCUAUUUCUGUACAGGUCUAGAGGUAUAGAACGAUCGUCUCUCUCCUAAUGAUCUUCUCCUCUCACUUGUUCUCAGGUCUUUGGAACUUCUUCGGUUCUGGCAGAAAAUGGAUUAGCUGAGAGUGGGACCACGUUUCUGUUCAAACUCUUUUCAUCUCUUUAUUUAUUUCUGUCGCUCACUACCUCAUGAUGGCGUCGUGCUCCCCACUUUCACGUUUUUGCCAGAAGCUGAACAGGCUGAAGACGUUAGAGGAUGACAUGAUGGCCACAUCUCUGAGCCGCUGCCUCUCUACUCUAGACCUGGCGCUGCUCGGCGUUGGUGCCAUGGUCGGUUCGGGUCUCUACGUCCUCACUGGAGCCGUUGCCAAGGAUUUAGCUGGACCAGCUGUUGUGCUUUCCUUCCUGGUGGCUGGCGUGGCUUCACUCAUGGCAGCUUUGUGCUAUGCUGAAUUUGGCGCCCGUGUCCCCAAGACAGGCUCCGCCUACAUGUUCACGUAUGUUUCCGUCGGGGAGAUAUGGGCCUUUCUGAUUGGCUGGAAUGUAGUUCUGGAGUAUAUGAUUGGUGGCGCAGCGGUUGCUCGUGCAUGGAGUGGCUACCUGGACUCCAUCUUUGACCACCGCAUCCGGAAUUUCACGGAAAGUCACGUAUUGCGCUGGGACGUACCUUUCCUCGCCACAUAUCCAGACUUUCUUGCAGCAGGAAUACUGUUGAUUGCAUCUUUCUUAAUUUCAUUCGGUGUGCGUGUCUCAUCCUGGCUAAAUCACAUCUUCUCUACAGUCAGCAUGAUAGUCAUAGUCUUUAUCCUGGUCUUUGGUUUUGCUCUGGCUGAUCUGGAUAACUGGAGUGCUCAGAAAGGCGGGUUUGCCCCCUAUGGCUUCUCGGGCAUCAUGGCAGGAACAGCCACCUGCUUUUACGCAUUUGUAGGGUUUGAUGUUAUUGCUGCAUCCAGUGAAGAGGCACGUGACCCUCGGAGGGCUAUUCCCAUGGCAACAGCAAUAUCGCUAGCUCUGGCAGCUACAGCCUACAUCCUGGUCUCGAUGGUUUUGACACUGAUGGUCCCAUGGAACACGCUCGACCCAAACUCCGCGCUCUCUGAUGCGUUCUUCCGGCGUGGCUACAGCUGGGCCGGCCUUAUCGUGGCUGUGGGAUCCAUCUGCGCCAUGAACACGGUGCUGCUCAGCAACCUCUUCUCUCUGCCUCGCAUCGUGUACGCCAUGGCUGAGGACGGCCUCUUCUUCUCCGUCUUCUCACGUGUUAAUCCUAUCACCAAAGUGCCUGUCAUUGCCAUCUUGGUCUUUGGCAGCCUCAUGUCUUUUCUAGCGCUCAUCUUUGACCUGGAGUCUCUUGUCCAGUUCCUCUCCAUUGGCACGCUGUUAGCGUACACCUUCGUAGCUGCAAGUGUUAUCGUUUUGCGCUUUCAGCCUGAAAAACAUGUCAAGAAAGAUGCACCAGCGCCCUCACCAGGUCAACAGAGCAACUCCAUCUCGGAUCUCAAGGAAGACAGCGGUGAGCUGAAGGAGUACGAAUCAUUUUCAGACAAACUGCGUUUGGUGGAGAGGCAGAGGCUCCCAGGUGCCCUUCAAGCCCGUUUUGAGCCAUACCUGGGUACCGUAUUAGGAGACUGGGCGCCAGGCGAGGUGGUGUCAUUCAGUGUAUUGGCACUGAUGGUGAGCGCAGUGUCACUCUGUUCAGUGGUUGUUUUUGGACAGAGUUACCUGAAUCUGCCUACGUGGAGCUUCGUCCUACUGAUUGUGAUCUUCAGCUUGGCGUUCCUCCUCAGCCUCAUCGUUAUCUCUGUCCAUGAGCAGCAAAAAAAAACCAAGAGCUUCCAGGUUCCCCUGGUGCCAUUUGUACCUGGUGUUAGCAUCCUGCUGAAUGUGUUUCUCAUGAUGAAGCUCAGUCCACUCACCUGGCUCCGGUUCACCAUCUGGGUAGCCGCAGGGCUGUUGGUGUAUUUCGGUUAUGGUAUCUGGCACAGUAAAGAAGGCCUGAAGGAGCCCCAGUGUGUUUCCGCCCGCUACGUGGUUCUCCCAAGCGGUAGUCUGGUGGAAACGGUUCAGAACGUCCAGCCUGAGGGACACACACACACUCACACACCCACCACAAACGCUCCCACGCCGGUCGCCGCCACCGACCCACAAGCCAACAGAUGAUCUGUGUAUGUGUGCGAACACGUGUUAGACAUGCUAAUUGUGUAGUGUGUGUGAGUGUGUGUAUUUUUAUGCUUCUCCUUUACUGCCACAGUCUGUUCUGCCUUUCUGAGGAUCACGUCAAGGUUCUAGACUCGGGAAUGUUAAUUAGUUUGAGGAAACACUAAGAGACGCGUGUGUGUGUGUGUGUGUGUGUGUGUGUGUGUGUGAUAUAUUUGUGUAGUUGUGACUCUUUUGCUCUUUGUUGAAUCACUUCCUGUGUUAAUUUACUACUGAGUUUUAAGCCAAAUAUGCAGCAAAAGUCUGAAUCAUUACCAAGAACUGUUUAUUUUUAUCAAACAUUUAUAACUUAUUUUCUGGAACAUUUACACACAAAUGUUUUAUUAGUUAAGAAACUGCUACCAUUUUCUAUACAGUUUACACUGUAAAACUAAUGGCACCCUACAGAAAGAGUAGUGUGAGUUUAUGGUAGCUGAUGUUCUGCAUUACGAUUUCAGCUUUUGAAAUGAACAGUUCACGGUAAUGAGAUUUUUGAAUGGUUUUUGUGGCUUUUCCCGUCUGUCAUGUUAUUAGCCUGGAUUGUUAGCUGUGAUGUGAUGGAGAAGGCGAAAGCUUGCAGUUUGGAACUUUAAACUCCUGCACACGGCUUGAAGAGACGUUCGUGUGCAACGUUCAAAAUUGCAGACACACGUGAACGCAGCCUUAGUUCAGUUCUUAUUCUCUCAGAGGUGUUAAUUUACAGAUGUUAAUGAAGUGUUUCAGUUUUUUGGUGAGUUUUGGAGUGAGCAGACCAGACGAAUGUGUGUACUGAGUUAAGAGUAACGUAGAGAUGAUUUUUUGACACAGUGUGUGUUUAUUGCUGAGGGAUUGGAGGUUUGUUGAGCUGACAUAAGCAAGGACAAUCAUUGAUGCUGACACACACACACACACACACACACACACACACACACACACACACUUUCUUUAUGCUACAAUCAGAAGUCUUCACACACUGUCAUCGAUUAUGAUAUAUUUAAUUUAUCUUUCUCUAUAAUAUUUAUAUGUAUUUAUUUAAAUGUCCAAUAUCAUUUCUGAGUUUUAUGUUACAGCAGAAUGUACAUUCUUUUGAAUGGCAGUUUAAGUGUCAGGACCAAAAUUUUACAUGCAGCAGUGUUGCACUGGGCUAUGCUCAUUCAUACAGCUACACACACACACACACACACUCUCUCUCUUAAGGCCUGCCAUUUCCCACUGAGGGAUUAAAAGCAAGCUCUUCUUUAUAUAUGUCAUGUGAUAAGCACAAAUUUUGCAUGACCUUUUUUCUCUCUUUGUCUCUCUCACGCAUACUGUUUGUACUAUUCAUGUGUGUGUGCGUAUAAGAAAGCGAGUGAGCACAGGGCAAGGCCUAGAGAUAUAAUUUAUUCAUGCCUUCAGGUCAUGUGGAUUAAAAUGAAAUUAAAGAAAUGGGUUAAAAUUGGAUUUAGUCUAGCUUUAAAGUUACAUAUUUUGAUUAUUUUGAUUUAAAUUAUAUGGAUAAUUAUUCGAUAAAAGAAUGGGUAAGUUUGUCAAGAUGGAUGAAUUACACUACUACUGUAUGUUUUAAUAUUUGUAGUAAUCUAUUUAAGCUCAAAUUUUUAUGUAUUUAAAAAAAUGAUCCACAUUAUUAAAGUGGUCAGUGGCAGCCGAUCGGAGUUCACUGCUACAAAUAUACUUUUUGCUUAUAGAACUAACAAUUGUUAAUUAUUGGCCUGUAUAAUUAUGGAGAUGUUUACAUCUCACUGAAUGUGAUUUUGACUAUAAUAUUUUCACUGUACAACAACAACAACGUCUGCUGAACACAUUUAUACACUUUCAAUGUUGCACUGCUGCAUAUAAACACUAAGUACAUUAGUACAUUAAAGUCUGAGGCCACAGCUAAGAACUUAUUAUUAAUUUAUACGUUAUUAUGGUUACACACUCUGAUGCUCGGCCCCUACGGUAUGGGAUUUGGACACAUCAGUGAGUCUGUAUUCCAUCGUACAAGAUCUCACAGCACUCCUGUAAUAUCAGGAAGCUUUUCUGUUUUGUUUGCUACUGUAUCUCCUCUUAUCUACUGUAUCUCCUCUAAUCUCCUCUUAUCUACUGUAUCUCCUCUAAUCUCCUCUUAUUGUAUCUCCUCUAAUCUGUUGAUUAAAUAAUGGUACUCUGUUUUAUGUUAUAAAAUUAGAAGGUUAGAUCUUCUAUCUUUCCUGACACUCCCGUGUUAAAAAGGCACAAAUGUUUGCUGUCCUGCACAACUGUAUUUAAUGUUAUAACAUUGCCGUCAUGUUAAAGAAUUGGUGCAGCAAGAAAUAACUUUUGCACAGUUUUCUGUCCAUACUUUAGUCUGUGUCAAAGUCAGAGACAGGUUUGGUGUCCCGAAUUCGCUUAUUUAGCUUUGUACGGAAAUGAGAAGUGUGAAGUAGCUAAAAAUAACAGGUCUAUCUAAUCUGUAUGGUCGCAUACUGUAUGUACAUGAAAAUAAAUCGAAUGUAAAGCUAUGGGAGGUGGGGCAUUUAUGGGCGGGGCCUUUGUGGGCAGGGCCUAGUUGAUUUUGGAUAUACAAAAUGGCCACCAUUUGUAUUCCAGGCUAAAACGACCAGACUUCUUCCAAAACCAUCAGCAUUUGUGAAUAAUUUUGAAUGAGAUAACUUGUUAAACUACGGUAGCUACGGUGCUACUAAAUAAGUUAAAAGUUUAUUAUACACCAAACAUGUCUUGGUUGACUGACUAUAACUGGGAUAAGUGGAACAUUUUAUGUUUAAUUAAUUUAACCAUCUUAGAUGGUAACUGAAGGUUAUAGACGAGCUGUCUGUGUUUAGUUUGUUCAUCUGCUGUAAAGAACAUCAUGUCUGCUGCUAAUCAUUCCCAAGUCCAUGCUGAAUUCCAUUUGGUUUAAGACUGAACACUGAAGACGCUGCGUCUCAGAUGUAAAUUCCACAGCAGAUGUAAAUAACUGUAUCUGUGUAUGUAACUAUGCCACAACGAUGUAACCGAUGGCCUUAACAAUGCUGUUUAUACUCGAACCAUUCCCAAAGCUGAAAUGAUGUAUAAAACAGUUUUAAAGUCUGUUCUGCUAAUAUAUUUGUAUCAUAACAUACCUUUAAAUUGUUAUCACAGUGAAUUAAUUACAGUGUAUAGCUGAUAGAAAUAUAAAUCUACAUUAUGUACAAGGAGGGACGUUUUGUAAGCACCAAAUAACCCUUUUCUGUUUUUGUUUAGCUUUUAUAGAUUUUUGCACAAUCCAUAGAGCCUCAGCUCAUUUAAACAUGUUGUCUUCCUCUUUUCCUGUUAAAUUUAAUGUGACUGUAGAUCACAGAAUGAAAAUGCUAAUGUUUUUAUUUUUCACCAGCUAGCAAGCUUCAAUUCCUGACAGAAAUCCUGUGAGGUUUGGUCGGAUUAGAUAACUAGCAUUAGCAGGGAAGAUAACAGAGUCAUUUAAUUUUAAAAUUAUUUCUGAAAUACUGUCAUUCAUACAUACACCAAGUCAAAUUAAUACAUAGGUCUUAUUAGGUUAUAUAUUAACUAGCUAAUGUGAAAACAUGUAUCAAUUUAAUGUAAUAAACCUCUCAGAAAUGAAAUACUAUCAAGUUAUAUUCUGUUAUAUAACUUGACUUCUGAAUUUAAAUUUAAAAUCUUUCAAAAAAAAUCCUGCCAAGUUAGCCCAUGUUAACUAGUAAAUGUCAGCAUUAGCAUGUUAGCAGUGACAAAACUGACAGGAUUUUUGUGAAUGAUUUUAAAUUUAAAUUCAUAAACAUUGAGUAUCUUCAUUGUUAACACUAGAUAGUUAAAAUGAGCCUCCUAAAAAAAUUAUGAAUACAUUUAGAAGAAUUUAUAAGAAUUUAACUUUACCGCUAAUGCUACCUAGUUAGCAUGAGCUUUGACCUGACAGGAUUUUUUGACAGGUUGCUAUUUAUAAAUAAAUGUUUUAAUGUUGUCUCUCUUCUUUAUCUUUGUUGCUUUUUUUAGCUGUUUGUGGUGUUUGUUAUUAUGUCAGAUUAUGAAGAACAGUGUUUUGUGAUUAAUAAAUGUUUUAAAGCAGCACACAGUCUAAUGACGUCAUCUUAUUGACUGGCGUUAUGAAGUGGUGCUGUCAGGGGGAACCAUGUCUAUGUCCCCAGGGUCCUAUCUUCUUUUGUGUAGUACAUAAUGAACACAAGACAAAGCUUCAUCAUCUCUAUUGUGGCACAUUAAGGGAUCCUGGAAAAUAUAUUCAGUAUAAUAUAUGUAAAAAAAAGUUAAUAUUGAGUUUCUUAGUUUCCCAGCUCUAUAUUCAGAGAGAGAGAGAGAGAGAGAGAGAGAGAGAGUGAGGGAGGCUAUAAUUAGUUUAUUUAAAUAGAGAACACAUGACCCUGUGAACACAUGACCUUUUUCCACUGUUAAUGCUGUUCAACAUGCUAAUAAAAAAUAACCUGAUAGGAUUUUAAUCUAUAAAAGAUUAUUAUCUUAAUUAGUAAUCUAUCAGGAUGUUUGAGGGGGUUUUAAAUGAAAAUUCAUAAAUAUUAUGACAAAAUUAUUGGAGCACUAGCGAAAGAGGACGACUCUACCUAAAAGGUAUUAAAUCAAACUAAUGAAAACUUUAUUAUUUACCCUUCAAAUAUUAGAAUUUAAUGUUUUAAAGAUUUGGUUUCAGAUUGACAAAAUUUUAUGACGUGGAAUAAAAUAACGGUGACGGUGUUGGUGGAAUUAAAUGGUAUUUAAACCUGA